UCAGUCUCAGGCCCUCGGACCGGCAAGUUCGGGUUAAUGUUUCAUUUUAAUCACAAUGGUGGUGGGGGAGGGGAAAGAAAGUGUUCGUAGUCUAAGUGGGUCUAAGGGUCCCAAGCCGUUGCGAAAUACUUGCACGCAGGGGACUUGCCUUCCGUUCCGGAAUAAUAUCCGCAGCUCUAGGAAUAAAGCUCGGCCGCCCGUGCUCCUCCUCCCGCUCUGCCAGAUUGGUGCGCCCGGGCCGUGACGCGCCGGCAGGCUGGAAGCCGAGGAGAGGGGAGGGUUGGUUUGCGACAGUGGUUGUGGGUGUUAGCCAGCAAAGCGCGGGUGUCGGGGGCUGGGAGCUUGGCUGACUCUACCUGCCUCUUCUGAACGCGGGUUGAGCAGCCCAGAAUCCCACGGCGGCGAUGGAAUGCCAGCCCCGGCAGAGUUCUAUUUUCUAACGUUUGGUUGCUUUUUCCUUACGGACGCUACGCACGGACGAGAGCGGGAUACAGCCAAACAGGGACUUUGCCUUGGGCGUUGGGGCUGCCGGGGGGGUGGGGGUUACCUUCCUUCCCAUCGUCCCUACUCUACUCCUCAUGUCAGGAUGCUCACCGAGAGGAUUACCCUGGCGACCGAGUGGAAGAAAAUGAUCAGCAGCAUCUCACCAUGAAGAAGGAAUUAAAAGUUGGAGGAAGAGGUCUCCGAACCUGGUAUUGAGCGUCCCCCUUAUAGCCAUUUCCAAUCAAUAGUUCCCCCGCAAUGAGUACCUUAAAUAGCCAGCACGGUGUAUCGUGGGAGUAAAGGCCACUGGAGACGGAGAUGACUCUGUUUUGAGAGCCGAUUGGAGAGAACAAACAACUGCCUUUUUAAAGGGACAAAAAAGGGGGAACAUGGAGGACUUUACCACUAGGACCUAUGGCACCAGUGGCCUGGACAACAGACCCCUGUUCGGAGAAACGUCGGCAAGGGAUCGCGUCAUUAACUUAGUGGUUGGCAGCUUGACAUCCUUGCUGCUUCUGGUAACUUUGAUCAGUGCUUUUGUGUUCCCUCAACUACCUCCAAAACCACUGAAUAUAUUUUUUGCUGUUUGCAUCUCCUUGAGUUGCAUUACUGCCUGCAUACUUAUCUACUGGUAUCGACAAGGCGAUUUGGAACCGAAAUUUAGAAAUCUAAUUUACUAUAUCUUAUUUUCUAUCAUCAUGUUAUGUAUAUGUGCCAACCUGUACUUCCACGAUGUGGGAAAGUGAUGCUGUCAACGAAUAAAACUAAGACUGUUCUCGGCUACAAAUUAGGACUCUGAACAGGAAUUCUGGUAAAGUAAACUGAAGAUGAAGCAAGAUUGUGCAGGAAUUCAAUACAUGAUUUUCAUGUUAACUGCAAAUCUAAAUUCCCUCUUGUUUGGGAGCUAUGAUGUGACAUUGUGCUUUUCUUUUUUACAGAGCUAAUGUUGCACUUAUGAACAUUCCACAGAUUGAUUCAGAAUGGCACAAGUUAUUUUCACUUUUGAAAUCUUAGUUUUUUGUUUUUGUUUUUUUUUUUUACAAUGUACUAUCACACUGGGAGGGGAUUAUAUAACAAACAUCUUAGAGCUCUAAGACAAAUAUUCUUUUAUUUCUGUUUAAACUGAAUAUACAAUUAUUUUGUUCCCUAUGCAACCAACCAUUGCUUGUAACUACAAUUUAAUUUCACAUUAACAAAAAAAAGCACAUUAGACAAAACUCUGAUUGUGAAAAUCUAAUUACAAUAAUAAAUAAAAUAAUUUAUACAA